GGCGGCGGAGGCGUGGUUCAGCGAGGUCUGCGACGGGAGAGAGAGUGAGGAGACGAGCGGUGGUAAGUGGCUCAAGUGAGAAACAAGUAACACCUGCUUCUCGUUGCAGUGAUUGGCGUGGGGAAUCGGCAUUUAAGCCGCCCGCGAACCGGCAGAGACAGAGAGAGCUGAGGACUCGUGGGAGAAAGCAGCAGACGUGCGGGAGAGACCGUAACCCAGAAUAGUGUUCAGUGAACGUGAUUGAUGCGCAUGUGGCGCGAGUUUUGUUUUCUUUUUUUGAGCUAAUAAAUAUUCCCACGAGCCUCAGAACGCCGACUCCGUUCUCCUUCCUUCUCAGCUGAUCUUGAGCUUAAUAUCUCUACACUGGUGCCGAAACCCGGGAGGGAAGGAGAAUCACCCCGCCAUGCAGACUCCGCCAGGAACAUCGGGAUCGCCGUUUGCGGAGAUCAUCACGUCGCUCGCGGGCCUGCACCAAGAACACCACCAGGCCCUGCUGGACUUGCGGGCCGACCACGAUCGCCGUUUCCAGGCGAUGAUGCAGGCCCAGCAGGAGGACCGCGAGCUGUUCCGGAGCUUCCUGGUGUAUGCCGACCUAAAAAGAGCUAUUCUCCAAAGGGUCGGCCUCAGCCCCGAGCAGCAUCGUCAGCGCUUCCGGUCGCUGGACCUGGCCGAAGCGGGCCGGCCCUUUGUCCUGGCCCAGCAGCUCCGGGACUCAUGCCGCAAAUGGCUGUUGGCCGGAGGAAGCGACGCCGAGAGUAUCAUCAACACGGUGGUACUGGAGCAGUUCGUCUCCCGUCUCCCGAAAAAGACUGCUCAGUGGGUCCAGUGCCACCGGCCGGCGUCGCUGGAUCUGGCCAUCCAACUGGCGGAGGACCAGCUGGCGGCUUGUUCCGGGGUCGGCGAACCCCUUCCAGCUAUCUCUCUCUCUCUCUCUUCCCCUACAUCUCUCUCUUCCCCUACCCCAAAGUCUGUUCCUUCUCCUAGGACCCGAGUCGGGGGGCCACCGAGGGCCGCGCCGCGUUGGAGGACGGGGACGGAGCUGGCGGCCGGGUCGAGGGGCCCUGCCAGGGGAGCGGGGCCGGCGUGCUGGGAGGGGGGCGAGGAGGCUCCUGUCACUUCCCCACGCCAAUCACCUGACCCACUUCCGGCCACUAGGGCGGCGGGGAGGCCUGGGCCAGCCUGCUGGCGUUGCGGGGAUCCGGGCCAUUUUGUGGAUAGGUGCCCGGUCAUGGAGGUGGGGACGUUGGUCCGGAUCCCGGAUGACCCGCAGGCUGCCCCCGAUCAAGCCGGGUUGUACCAAAUACCCUGAUUGGCGUGG